AUGUUAUUUUUUCUUUCAAGGAAAGUCUGGCAAGAAUUGUUGAGAGAAAAUAAAUGCGAGAACCGGAUGGUAAAGUAGGUGCUUCAGGCCAAGAUUCAACAUUUGUGGAGCAAAGCAUUUGUCGCAUUGCAAUCUAACAAAAGAAAGGAUGCGUCUGUAUAAAAAGAGCAAAGGUAAGCUGUUCAGAUAUUUUCUGUUCCCAUCCUCACUGUCAUCAGUGCAAGAGAGCUACACGGAAUCUCACAAAAAGAAAGUCCCCUCAGUGUGGCUAUUGAGGCGUGUGCUUGACCUCAACUCAUUGAUAAAAAAUGGAUGUCUCAGAAAUGGAGACCGUGCACUCCAACGAUGAAUCUCUCGAAAACUUUGCAAGCAGCGAAAGUACUCAACAUUCAGAAGAGGAACUUGCCGAAAGUGACGAGAGGGCUGCAUUUCGACCUCACAGGCUAGGUUAUGAUCCUAUGACAUAUGGAUCGGAAUUAACUCAUGAAAAAGUGUGGAAAGAACUAGAGGCGAUCAGUUCAGAGUCAAAAAGGCGAAGCAUGAAGAACUUCACCGGCAAAUCCGACGAAGGUGACCAUAAAACGUACUCAGAACCCAUCAACUUUGAUUGUGUUCCCCCAAAAGAGCCUAUACAUGAUCUUAAGAUUCUUAUUGGUAGGGUAUUUUCCGCAUUUGCAAGACUUUCGCGAGCAUCCUUCGGACAAACUUCCAAGAUGGCAUUAUUAGAAGAGUCAGAAGCACGAGCUUUACUUUGUGAAAAUGAGCAACUCCAACACACUUUCUUUAGUACGCUUUCAGUUCCCGCUCAGAAAUUUAUUUCCGGGGUUCUCAUGGGUAAACUUCAGCAUUGUACGGGGGCCGAGCUGCGAGACCCUCGAGAGUCGCCAUUGCAAGACUCUGGAGGCACAUAUAUUUGUGUGCUCUUGAACCAGAAACGCGAUGUAUCUGCUGUCUAUGUCGGUAGAUCCCAAUCUUUACUGCACAGAUUCAAAGGUCAUUAUGCAGAGAUUGCGAAAGCUGUAUAUAGCGAUGAACAUAAGCGACGUCUUGAAAGCUUCUUUCAUCAGUAUGCCGCAUUCGAAUUGGAAAAAGAAGGUUCCUUGUACUUUCUGCCUGCAAACAUUCUUGCAGCACCAUCGCAAGAAUCGAACUUGGUUUGCGCAAUUUUUGAAGCAUUUCUGUCAUGCCUUUUGGGCACAUAUCGAAAAGACAAAAGCUACCUGCAUUUCCGCGCAGAGAUCGGUCUGCCUGCUGUGUCCUAUAUCGGACUCAACUCCACGCCCUGCAUGGAACAGGCCCAAUCUUAUUCACAACAGGACAAGCUCCGUCCCAAUCCUUCUAUUGCACCGAUCGCCUGCGCUUUACACAAUACGUACCUCUACUACGGCAUUUUGUGUCGAAGUGGACAAAACUCACUUGAACUUGAGAGAAUUAAAUAUGAGUACAACCGAUUGUACACGCUAUAUUUGAAAGAGGUUGCACGACUACUACAAUCAGGAGAGUUCCAACUCAGAAUCAAGAGAAGCAAGAGCAAAAUGAGAGGACAGACAUUUUUCUCUUGGAAGGCGAGUAAUUUUGGAGGCUUUUUCAUACCAAAAUAUUGUUUGCAAGAGAUUUUAAAACGCUGCAAAGUCGACAACGAUUCCCAACAGCCUCUGUUUUUGUCGAUACAGUUGCUAGUAGGAGGCAUAAGUGAAGGAUAUGCCUCAGUCGUAUCAAAAGAUGUAUGGUGGGUUGAAAUUACUUCUGAAAGAUUUAGAUAUCCAUCUCCAAUUCCACUCAAUCUUUCAUCGCACAAAGUGGCUUUUAAAGUUUGCUGAUCGGCUCAUUAGAUAUCUUCCGAAGGAAGAGUUCGCCCAGAGAUUGCUCGCAAUCGAGGAACACAGCAGGUCAACCUCUCGAUUUCUGGGAAAAGAGAAAGAUGUUGGGGAGCUACUAAUUGGCAGCUUACCCCUUUCUCGGCAAGGUCG